AGUACAGACAAUAGAACAGAAUAUAAAUUAAAAACAAUUUUUUGACAGUUUUCAGUAUUGCCAUAUAAAAUGCGUUUAUUGACGGUGUUGCUAGUGUUUUUAUAUGUGGUGUUCUGUGAGGGGUCUGAGGAUGCCGUCGAAGAGAGAGGGAAGAAGAAAAAGAUUGGAUUAUUUAUAUACUUCGUAGACCUGGUAAUCAAGAAGAUCUUCAUCCUCAAGCUGAUAUAUGCCUUUGCGUUCUGGCUGCUCCUCCACAAAGCUGGUUACAUCUUUGGCUGGUUCCUCAGCUACAUCAAGGAGAAACCGGAGUACCAUGGUCAUCACGAUCACCAUCAUGUAGAGUAUGGUCCUCCAGGACCUUAUAGACGGGGAGGUCAAAAGCCAUAUAAUCCUUAUUCUAGUCCAAGUCGAAAGGUCAAUCCAUAUUAG